UCUUUUCUCUUUGCUUUAAGGUGGACGUGAGAAUAAAAUGCCCAUUUUGAUUUCCAAGAUUUUUAAGGGGCUGGCUGCAGAUCAGACUGAGGCGCUGUAUGUGGGAGAUGCUAUCCUCUCUGUCAAUGGGACCGAUCUUUCUGAGGCUACGCAUGAUGAGGCUGUGCAAGCACUGAAAAAGACUGGCAAGGAGGUUAUCCUUGAGGUGAAAUACAUGAGGGAGAUCUCACCGUACUUCAAGAACUCCUCCUCUGGGGCAACAGUCAGCUGGGACCCCUUGCCAGCUGCCUCCCUUCAGAAGCAAGCCUCCCCCAUCCUGUCCUUGCGAGACCUCAAGGAAGGGAAGAACAUCCCCUUAAAAAUGUGCUAUGUGUCAAGGAAAUGUCUCCCCAACGACCCAGAGCACAGGUACUUGGAAGUCUGCUCGGCAGAUGGACGUAUUCCCCUCUUCCUAAGAGCUAAGGACGAAGUGAAUGCCCAGUCCUGGUUCAACGCUAUUCAGACCAGCGCUAACACCUUGCUGCCCAGAGUCAAAGAGGAGCUGCGAGCCCUGCUGGCAGGGGCUGGGGUUGCUGGAAGUAAAGAGAUCAAGCAUGUUGGCUGGCUUACUGAGCAGCUCCCCAGCAGUGGGACAAAGAACAUUCUUGCCAUCCUCACAGAGAAGGACCUUCUGUUUUACUGCAGCCUCCCACAACACAGGGACACCCUGAACAAGCCAAUGCACAACUACCCUCUCAUAGCCACCAGGCUUGUGCACUCUGGCCCAUCCAAGAGCUCCCUCCUCUAUGACUCAGAGCUCUCAUUUGUCUUGCGGACUGGAACCAAGAAGGGGGUGGAGACCCACUUGUUCAGCGUGGAGACACACCGCGACCUGGCAAUAUGGACACGGAUCCUGGUGGACGGCUGUCACAGCGCGGCUGAGUUCAUUCAGGAAGUCUCAACAGCCUGUACAUGGAAUGGGCGGGACUGCACCUUCUCUAUCCACAUAGACAAGGGCUUCACGAUUUUCACAAUGGAGCCUGGCCUCAGCAAGACCAUCCUGCUGCAGCAGCCAUUUGAGAAGCUGCAGAUGUCCUCAGACGAUGGAACCAAGAUGCUCUACCUGGACUUUGGCGCCUCAGAGGGAGAGAUUCAACUGGACCUUCACUCCUGCCCCAAGACCAUUGUCUUCAUUAUCCACUCAUUCCUAUCAGCCAAAGUGACCCGGCUCGGGUUGUUGGCAUAGGGACACAGGAAGCAGCCACAGAGAGAAGAAUCCAACUCAUACAAGAUCUGUGCACUAUGGUGAUUCUGUCAUGACCUAACCAAAACAAAAGCCAUUCAGAUGAGACUAGAAUGACCAGGUAACACAUGACAGCCAAGGAAAACCACUAACCAUCCAGGAAGACUGAAGUAAUAAGCGCCAUUGAUGGGGAUUCUUUCAGGCAGCAUUGGAAUGGGAAGAGUCACUCACUGACCAUGGAGAUGGGACAACUCUAGGAUGUUAUUCAACAGCAGCGAAUGUUUUCAUUUCUGAUAGCAUCACUCAAAACAAGCUUGAAAAAUAUCCAUUUAAGUCACAGCACCACCCAACAACCCACCACUCUAGUGCCUUGCAAGAUGAUAUUUUCUGUACAAAGAAUCAGUUUGUAUCAAUGUUUUAUAUUUAUAUGGCCCAGUUAUAAAUGAUGAAGUGUUAGCUUUCUGUCCCUCUAUGUCUAGCCCCAUUGUAAACCUAAAUUGUGGUAGAUUAGAUACACUUCACUGUUUUCCCAGAAACCUAUUUAGAGAACACCCGGACCGGAGACCUGAGCCAACUUUGUCUUGUUUAACAGAUGUGAACUAAAAAGUAUUAAAUAUAUUUGCCAACUUUUUCAACUUCGUAGCUAAUUAUAGGAGCCAUAAUUUAAAAACACUUUUUAUUAAUUAGCUUUGUAGGAUUAUUUUUCUUUAGCUAACUCCUGUACCCUUGAUACUCUCAUUUCUCAUCUUAAUUUUUUUGGGGGGGGGGGGGGGGGGG